AUGGACAUAGAAGCUGUUUUCAACAUCUCAAGCCCUUCAGCAAUUGCUUUCAGAUUUAAUUCAACAUUUUAUGAAACAGCGUAUCCUGACAUACCUUCUCAUCAGUGGACUGGUGUGUCAGCUGUGAUUCUGGCUAUAGUGAUAACUACUGUAUCACUAAUGAUAGUAUUAGGAAAUGCUUUAGUUUUUGUUGCCUUUGUGUUGGAUGCAAGCCUGAGAACACAGAGUAAUUUAUUUUUUUUUAACCUUGCACUCUGUGACUUUUCAAUUGGUGCAAUUUCCAUUCCAUUAUAUAUACCAUAUGCAAUAUCUGGAAUUUGGUUACUUGGAAAAGAACUUUGCACAUUUUGGCUGGUAAUGGAUUAUACUGCCUGUGCAGCUUCAGUUUUUAACAUUGUCCUUAUCAGUUAUGAUCGAUACCUCUCUGUCACUAAAGCUGUUGCUUAUCGAACUGAGCAAGAAAAGAUGAACAAAGGCAUUGGAAAAAUUAUUGUUCUAUGGGCACUUGCAUUCCUUGUGUAUGGUCCAGCACUGAUUUUCUGGAACUUUAUAACUGAUGAAAAGAAUGUACCUGAAGGACAAUGUUAUGCUGAAUUUGACAGUAGUUGGUACUUUUUAAUAUGUUUUUUCACAUGUAAUUUUACAAUACCAUUUUGUAGUAUAAGUUUUUUCAAUAUAAGCAUCUAUGUUAACAUCAGAAAACGAAGCCAAAAUUUUCAAAUCCCACUGAGCCAGAAAAAGCAAAUGACAUCCAAAAGUGGGACAUUAGCAGCAUUUCUAUUCCCGAAAAAAAUGUCUAAAUCUUUACUAAGAAAAAAAUUGCCCUGUACUUUAUCAGUGUCACAAGAAUCAGCAGUUUUCUCAAAUAAUGCAGAGAGGUCAGUUACGGUCAAAGGAAACCAAAGUAAUGGACUGGGGCAAAAAAAAAACAUUUUGACAUUAAACGAACAGAAAUCUGUCCCACAUAAUGUUGCACAUAGACUUUCAAAGGACAAAAAAAUUGCAAAGUCCCUUGCAAUACUUGUAUGCAUUUUCAGUGCUUGUUGGGCUCCAUAUAUUUUGUUUACAAUUGUUAAUUCAAUAAGGCCAGAUGUUAAUGGCUUUUACUGGGCAUAUAUCACAACAUGGUGUGUUUGGCUGAACUCUCUUAUCAAUCCUAUAUUAUAUCCUUUAUGUCACAGCAGUUUUCGAAGAGCAUUUUUAAAAAUACUUUGUCAUAAAUAA